GUUACACCCAACAGGUCAUCUGUCAACUUUAACAUGGGGAACUGCUGCCGAAGUUUCUGGUGCGGAGAGAAAAACCCAAAUGUCCGGGUCAGCCUGCCUGCGGUCUGCUUUGUGUGGCAAAUUGCCAUGAUCAUCUUGUUUGGACUCUUUGUGCGUUAUAAUGAAGAGUCAGACGCCCACUGGUCUGAUUACAAACAUCAAAAGAACAUCACAAGCGAUAUCGAAAAUGACUUCUACUACAGAUACCCAAGUUUUCAGGAUGUGCAUGUGAUGAUCUUUGUUGGUUUCGGCUUUCUCAUGACCUUCCUGAAACGCUACAGCUUCAGCGGGGUCGGAUUCAACUUUCUUAUUGCUGCAUUUGGUCUUCAGUGGGCUUUGCUCAUGCAGGGCUGGUUCCACUCUCUGGACCCUGUAAAUGGCACAAUUAAGAUUGGAGUUGAGAAUAUCAUUAAUGCCGACUUCUGUGUGGCUGGAUGUCUCAUUGCAUAUGGUGCUCUCCUUGGAAAAGUCAGUCCAGUGCAACUGAUGGUCUUAACACUAUUUGGCGUCACAUUAUUUGCAGUGGAGGAAUACAUAAUUCUUGAUGUUCUCCAUGCUAGAGAUGCUGGUGGCUCAAUGGUCAUCCACACUUUUGGGGCAUACUAUGGACUAACAAUAUCAUGGAUUCUUUAUCGACCAAAACUAAGCCAAAGCAAGCUUCUGAGCGGCUCUGUCUACCACUCUGAUGUCUUUGCUAUGAUUGGGACCCUCUUCCUCUGGAUGUUCUGGCCCAGUUUCAACUCUGCCAUCGCAGACCAUGGAGAUGGCCAACAUAGGGCGGCCAUAAACACCUACCUGGCCCUGGCCUCCUCUGUUCUCACUACAUUUGCCAUAUCUAGCCUUUCAGCCAAGAAGGGUAAACUGGACAUGGUGCAUAUCCAGAAUGCCACACUGGCUGGGGGAGUUGCCAUGGGAACGGCGGCAGAAUUUAUGAUCACACCCUAUGGCUCACUCAUUGUGGGGUUCUGCUGCGGGAUACUGUCGACAUUUGGCUACCUGGUGAUCACUCCCUUCAUGGAGAAGUACCUGAAGAUUCAAGACACCUGUGGCAUCCACAACCUACAUGCCAUGCCUGGUGUUCUUGGAGGAGUUAUUGGUGCCAUUACAGCGGCCACUGCCAGUGAGGGUGUCUAUGGACAUGAGGGGUUGAUAAACACCUUUGAUUUUGAAGGGGAUUUUGCGAAGAGGUCACCUAGCAUGCAAGGAGGCUUCCAGGCCGCUGGACUUUGCGUAGCUCUCGUGUUUGGGAUCGUAGGUGGAGCUGUUGUAGGUUUAAUCCUGAGAUUGCCAUUGUGGGGAGACCCGUCAGAUGAUAACUGCUUUGACGAUGAGGUGUACUGGGAGGUGCCUGAGGAUGAGGAGAGCAUCCCUCCCAUUCUUGAGUACAACAACCACAUGGUCGGCAAACAUCCGGACAUGACGUCGGAUUCAAACUUCACUAUGGAUCAAAGCUAAAGCUAGAAUUAAGGACUGCACGAUGCAUUUAUGACGCAAGAUGAACCUGAUUACAUCCCAAUGAAAAACUCCUUUUUUAAGAGAUGCAAAGAAUGUUUGACCUAGUUUGUGUUCAAGACAAUAGACUCGCUCUAAUACCUUUGUGAGGUAUAGCCUACCUAAUACCCUUGAAGCCCAGUUGGCUGAGUACAAGGGUCAGCUCUUAGUUCAAUUUCAUGUACAUGCAUACUAUUGUCCUCAAAUUAACUUAAAAGUUAUAUAUGUAUUAUGUAUAAUACCAGUGCAUAUAUAUAUAUUUCGUACUCGUCCUAUACUAGUUUUUAGCCUUGAUUUUAUUACCUUUGAAAGAAUAAAUGUAUUGUAUGUAUAUUAUGAGCUGUAAUGACUAUAGGAAGAGAUUGCAAUUUUCAUAUUAUGAAU